GAGGGAGGGAAAGCGAAGAAGAAUACGGAGAGAGGAAAAGCCCAUUUUCCUCACGGGUCAUCCGGGACACCUUUGCCGUUCAAAAGUUUCACACUUCACACGUAUCUCUCUCUUUUCUCCACGCAUAUGUACAAGCGAAUCCCACUUUGAAAUGUCAACACCCUCCUUGAGUCUUCCCCUUUUCUGGUCUUCUCUUCCCAUCUAGCUCUCUCUCUCUCUCUCUCUCUCUCUCUCUCUCUCUCUCUCUCUGCGCGUGUUUUGGGGUGGAUUUGGAAUUUGGGGAUUGGGCUUCAGGGAUUAAGGAGCCAUGUCGGCGGAGGCAUGCUUCGGUGGUUCCGGCGACCAUAGCAUCAAAGGACUGCCCACGCAUGGCGGUCGUUAUGUUCAGUACAAUGUGUACGGUAACCUCUUCGAAGUUUCCAGAAAGUAUGUUCCUCCUCUGCGCCCCAUCGGCAGAGGCGCUUACGGUAUCGUCUGUGCCGCUUUGAACUCAGAGACGGGUGAAGAGGUGGCUAUUAAGAAGAUUGGUAAUGCAUUUGACAACAUCAUCGACGCCAAAAGAACUUUGAGAGAGAUUAAGCUUCUGAGGCAUAUGGGUCAUGAAAACGUCAUUGCCAUAAAGGACAUAAUAAAACCACCGCAGCGGGAGAACUUCAAUGAUGUUUACAUAGUUUAUGAGUUAAUGGACACUGACCUUCACCAGAUUAUUCGCUCAAACCAACAGUUAACUGAUGACCAUUGCCGGUUCUUCCUGUAUCAGUUGUUACGAGGGCUCAAGUAUGUGCAUUCAGCCAAUGUAUUGCAUCGUGAUCUAAAGCCAAGCAAUCUGCUUCUGAACGCAAACUGUGACCUCAAGAUUGGGGAUUUUGGGCUUGCAAGAACAAAAUCUGAGACAGAUUUCAUGACUGAAUAUGUUGUUACACGUUGGUACCGAGCACCAGAAUUGCUCCUCAAUUGUUCUGAAUACACAGCAGCAAUUGAUAUAUGGUCGGUCGGUUGUAUACUUGGUGAAAUAAUGACCAGGGAGCCGUUGUUUCCCGGCAAAGAUUAUGUCCAUCAGCUCAGACUCAUCACUGAGCUUAUAGGUUCACCGGAUGACUCGAGCCUUGGGUUCCUAAGGAGUGACAAUGCGAGAAGAUACGUGAGACAGCUACCACAGUACCCGAGGCAGAAUUUCGCUGCUAGAUUCACCAACAUGUCACAUGGUGCUGUCAAUUUGCUGGAGAGAAUGCUCGUCUUUGAUCCUAGCAGGCGUAUAACAGUGGAUGAGGCGCUGUGCCAUCCGUACCUGGCCCCACUGCACGACAUAAACGAGGAACCAGUGUGUGCGAUGCCCUUCAGUUUUGAUUUUGAGCAGCCUACCCUCACCGAAGAAAACAUCAAGGAGCUCAUAUACCGUGAAUCCGUCAAGUACAACCCCUUGUAGACAGGACAGGACAGGACAGGACAAUAACCCUCUUUGAGAAACUCUCUAUCUCUGUUGGUUUCUUGAAUCUGAUAAUGUCUGUAAUAUGAUGAUGAGGAAGAAACAGCUUUGAGAGUUACAUCUGUUUAAUUGUGUUCGUGUUCUUGAACUUUUAUACAUGCUUCUCCUCAUUCUGAAA